AUGUCUUAUGAGAAAUUGGAUUUCGACGAAGGGAAAAGUUCAAACCUUUUGUCGUCUUUACUCACUUUGAAUAAAGACACCUCGUCUGAGGAACUAGCUGAGAAAAUUUUCAUGGAAGAGUUUACGUCACAAAUAGCAGAAAAUCCACAGGUAAUGACAGCGCUUGCCGAACAGCUUUCACCACCAAAUGCUGAGUAUAAAAUGGUCCCAGUGCAACCUCUACCGGGAUUUGUAGCAAAAACUUAUACUACAAAAAAUUGCAAGCAAUAUCAAAACAUGAAAGUUUUGAUCAAUAUAUGCCAUUCGGACGUAAUUCCUCGUCCACCAGCCGCAAGCGAAGAGGAAAUACGUAAAGCUAUGAAUGCUGAAGAGGAUGCAAUGUAUAAUGUCCCGCUUGUACUGAGUGAUUUGCGGCAAGAUAUGGAUAAAGCUUCUUAUAAAGGCAAGAUAGAACGUAGACUAGUUCAACUUCCGGAAGAAAAACCAUCAUUAAUAGCCGAAAUACCUACUCGUCCACCAACUCAUCAAAAAAAAGCAACAAACAAUAUUAACGAUAUUAAAACUGUUAAAUCACAAAUUCAAAAACCAGAGUAUAUAAUUGUCGAGGAAUACAAGGAUAAUAAAAAGCCAUCGCGUCUUCUUUUUAAUUUACCAGGAAAAUAUUCUCUAGACAUCAAUUUACCUAAUACGGUAGAUAUUACAACGGCUGUCGCUAAGUUUAUUAAACCAAAGAAACGAUUAGUAAUAAAAGCAAUAAAGGCUGGUGCAUUAAGUAGAGCAAAAGAAACUUUACCAAAGUUAAAAGACUCUGAAAGGGAGAGCGAUUAUGGAUAUGUGUUUGCCGUCUCCGGUCCAGAGCUUGUUGGAGAAGUUAUUCGUAUAGAUGGAGAUAAAGCGACUAUUCAAGUUUACGAAGAAACUUCUGGUUUAACUGUAGGUGAUCCCGUGUUGAAAAGCGGAAAGCCUCUUUCCGUUGAGUUAGGACCUGAUAUUUAUGGCAAAGUUUAUGAAAACUCUUUAGUGAACAAUCACUACAUUAUGUUGCCACCCAAAGCCCUUGGCACAAUUACAUAUAUCGCAGAAAAGGGAUCUUACACUUUAGAGGAUACGGUGCUAGAAAUUGAAUUUGAAGGUCAAAAGUCUAAACAUUCAAUGUUACAACUUUGGCCUGUUCGAUCACCUCGUCCAGUUACCGAAAAAUUAAUAGCUAAUUACCCCCUAUUUACCGGUGGUACUACUGCUAUUCCUGGGGCUUUUGGAUGUGGAAAAACAGUCAUUUCUCAAUCUUUAUCGAAGUAUUCUAAUUCCAAUGGCAAGCAUGUUUCCAUGAUAGCAGACUCCACUUCUCGGUGGGCUGAAGCCCUUCGAGAAAUAUCUGGUCGUUUAGCAGAAAUGCCAGCAGACUUUUCAGAUCCAGUUACUUCAGCAACACUUGGUAUAGUUCAAGUAUUCUGGGGUUUGGAUAAGAAACUUGCUCAACGCAAGCAUUUUCCGUCUGUAAAUUGGUCCUUGAGUUAUUCAAAAUAUCUCAAAGGUUUAGAAAGUUACUAUGAAGGCGUAGAGCCUGAAUUUAUCUCUUUAAGAGACAAAACCCGAGAAGUUCUUCAAAAAGAAGAAGACCUUUCAGAAAUUGUCCAGCUUGUUGGAAAG